UUUGGUUCGAAAGGUAAGGUAACACCGAAAACAAUGUCAAAAUAACAAAUUUCUACCCCAGGGCUUCUCUUAAAUAAACCGUAAAUCUAAUAAAAUCAAUUGUAUUUCGCUUGCAAAUAUGAUUUAAACACUUGGUUUAGAGUGCUUUACAGUCUUUAACAAUGCAUAACGGAAGAUAGCUUUGGUGUAUACGAUGCAUCGGUGCAGCUUGAUGUCCUGACAGGUAGACGAAAAAGGGAAACAAAGCGUAAUAUUUGUGUUAAGCGCGAUAGGAUCGGUUGAAAGAUAAUGUAUUCCAAGUCUUACGAGACCACCAAGGACUCGUUCCUGGAGCAGGCGAAGGCAGCUCGCGAGGAGCGUGCCUUCGAGAAGAAACGAGAGCAGUCUGCUACCAGGAUCCAAGCGGUCGUCAGAGGAUGGCUUGAAAGGAAAAAAUUCGUCAUAAGAAUACUGAACGAUUUCGAUGGGCUGCUUCCUGAGUCAACAAGCCAUGGCUCACAGGAAGAGCCCCCUCAGCCAGUUGAACUGAUUCCAGCAUUAGAAGUUUACCGUGUGACAUGCAGACUGUUUCUUGUGUUCAAACAACAGAGAGACCGGAAGAGAUUUGAAAACCUCUGCAAGUAUAUUGUUCAGAGCUUACACUCCGAGUCUGUGAAACUGUCCUAUGUUGGUGUCUUCCUGAAUAAAGAAUACAGUCUCCGAUGGAUAGCUCACAUCAAGGAUCUCCUCUACAAAUGCUGCCAAUAUCUAGAGGAGCUGAAGCCAGAAUCCCCAAUAGAUAUGCAGAGCAUCCUCAUCCACCUUCACACCCUAGUAGCAUUCACUGCUAACAAUACCUGGGCUCUCACUCGGCUGAAGAAUUUUGAGAAACUCAGGGGCGGGAUGACUCAGUUGUGUGCUAAUGUAAUGGGGUCCCUCUUCCAUAGGGGAUACUAUUUAACUCUAAAGUCACUACUACUCCGUGGGCUAUGUCGCGAGAAGGUAUACCUGAAGAAUAUAUCCCUGACUGCGAUAGUGACGCUCUCUCUGCGCCCCCUGGUGUCUGCCCAGUUCUCGGAGAAACUGCUUACCAUGUACAUCAUACAGAUACUGUCUGUACCCACCCUUGUUUACCAUAUGCAGCUUAUAUCGCCUGAGUCGAUGUCGUCGUACCGGUCAUACUCGAUGUUUGACAAGUGCCUGGAGUUCCUGAGCACGGACCAGAAUAUGCGCAUUGUGUUCAACACGUUGGAGGGGAACUACGCACUCUGCCUACUGGCCAAUCUCGUGCAGAUGGCGCACUGCGAGCGGGACCAUGCACAGCCAGAGACUUACCAUCCUACAUUUGUGUUGGUGGUAACACGCUUCCUGGACUCCUGUCAACAAUAUGUGGUUUGCAAGAAGGGCAACUUGAGCAACUGGCACCCUAUCCUCGGUUGGUUCUCUCAGGGUUUGGACAACUUCCUGCCCCCAGCUAUGGGGAACUUGAGAAACCAACUGUCCUUGUUAUGGGGAGCUCCUUUACUGAAGAAGCUGUUGGCUACUCCUUUGAAGGACAUGAUGGAUGCUGGAGUGACUGGUGAAGAGGGAGCGGGACCCUCACAGCCUUCCACUCCGAUACAGAGUAACAAUCCUGCUGCUAUCAUUAGAAGAGCUAUCGAGGCUAGAACUAAUAGGUCUAACGCAAACAAACACUAUAGGAAGUUAGGGUCGCCGGACUGCACGAAGACGGCUCUCAUAUGUUCCAUGUACCACACGGCGCUGCAGACUAUGACACAGGUCAAACUUGACAUACUUACAGGGUUAUGUAAUCAAGAUGAAAUAUUGUAUUCGUUAUGGCAAUUUUUGUGUACGCUGGGACCAAACUGUGGGCUAAAAUCGUUCCUAGAUCUCUUGGCUGUUAACACUAAGACUUCUGCGCCGGAGUUCCAGAUGUUGAUACUCUUCGCAGAUUGCAUGACGCAUUAUGUUACGAUAUUGGAUGACAUGGAGAUGUACGAGCAGCAGAAUCCAUUCAAGUUACAAGACUUCAUCAACAUGUCGCAGUUCCUCAACAUGUUCGUCUACAAAUCCAUUAUGGGACAGUUGUUUGAUCUAAAAACCAUCCAAAGCAACGAGCUAUUCAGUUCCCUGCAUACGCUACUGUUGGUCCUGUACCGGCGCGACUGUCGCCGAGCAUACACGCCCGCCAACCACUGGCUUGUCAGGGAGAUACGGGAGGGACAGUUCAUGGCCGACCUCGAGAAAGGGAAAAAGCCUCAACAAGUACUAGUACAAAAAACACCUCAUAUGAUCGCACAUGGUGAACGUGUCAGGUUGUUCAGACGCGCAGUUGCUGACGAAAAGGUGGUGCUGGGUCUGACGGAGCGCGCUUGCGGCGGACGCUCGACGCUGGUGACGGUGCGUCGCGCGCGCCUCGUGGAGGACGGGUACCGCCAGCUGGCCGCGCUGCCCAGCCGCGCGCUCAAGGGCUGCGUCAGGGUACGCUUCAUCAACGAGCAGGGGCUCGACGAGGCGGGCAUCGACCAAGAUGGAGUUUUUAAAGAAUUCCUAGAAGAAACGAUAAAGCGUGUAUUCGAUCCGUCGCUGAAUUUGUUCCGCGUGACGAGCGAGGAGCGACUGUAUCCCUCUCCCACCUCCUGUCUGCAGGAGAACCACCUCCAGCUGUUCGAGUUCAUUGGAAGGAUGCUGGGGAAAGCUGUCUAUGAGGGUAUUGUGGUGGACGUACCGUUCGCGUCGUUCUUCCUGAGCCAAGUACUGGGGCAGACUCAGCAAGCGCUGUACUCCUGGAUCGACGAGCUGCCCUCGCUCGACCGGGACCUCUACCGCAGCCUUACGUACAUCAAACACUUCCAGGGUGAUAUAUCUUCGUUGGAGCUUACAUUUUCAGUGGACGAGGAGAGGCUCGGGGAAAUAGUCACUCACGAACUAGUUCCUGGCGGGAAGGCUGUACCCGUCACUAACGAAAACAAAAUAAACUACAUUCACUUGAUGGCGCACUUUAGAAUGCACACGCAAAUCAAGGAUCAAACUAACGCGUUCAUCAAAGGAUUCAGAACUAUUAUCAACCCGGAGUGGUUGUCAUUGUUCUCCACACCUGAGUUACAACGUCUGAUCAGCGGAGACAACGUGCCGCUAGACUUGCGCGACCUGCGUCGUCACACGCAGUACUACGGCGGGUUCCACGACUCGCAUCGCGUUGUCUGCUGGCUGUGGGACGUCUUGCAGAGGGACUUCUCGGAACAUGAACGUGGCAUGUUCCUUAAGUUUGUGACGUCAUGCUCUAAGCCGCCUGUCCUUGGGUUUGCUCACCUCAAGCCGCCAUUCUCCAUCCGAUGCGUUGAAGUUGGAGACGACGAAGACACUGGGGACACAAUAGGAAGCGUGAUCCGAGGCUUCUUCACAAUAAGAAAGAAAGAUCCACUGAACCGCCUACCAACAUCGUCGACCUGCUUUAACCUUCUCAAGCUGCCAAACUAUCAGAAACGAAGCACCCUCCGCGACAAACUCCGAUAUGCCGUCAAUAGCAACACCGGCUUUGAACUGUCUUAAUACAGAGAUCACUAAAGAUCAUUUUCGACCGAGUUUCCGAAGGCCAUUUAUGGUCUGUACCAUGGUAUAUAACUAAAACAGCAUUCCGGGACACUGAGCCUAAAAAAACUGUAAAAGUCGGAUAUUAGAUACUUUUGGUAGCUUUUCCCACUUAGAGAUGGCAACCCGUUUCAAUGUUAUAUUGCAAUUUCUACCAAGUUAUAAUUUUAUCUGUGUCAAAUCGAUAAAUUGUUGAGAUUUUCAACCUUGAAUAGAAAUUGUAGAUUGUUUUUUUUAUUUGUACAGAAAUAUAUAAAACGGUAAAAUUAUAUUUAUGAUUGUAAAAUAUUGUUUACUAUUCAGUAGCAAUUAAGACGUCAGUGGCGUCUCGGGGUGCCUCGGUAUGCUAAACUUAGUGUAUCAUGGUCUGAACUUUUAUUGACAAUUUAAAAUUCGAAGGAGAAUUCCUUAUGUGGUCCAUUUACAAGAAUUUUAAUUGAGACAGCAUUCCACAGUUACAUAUUUUGUAUUAGGUGUUGUGUAAUAACAAUUAAAUUAACAUUAAUGAUCAAUUAAGGUCAUUUCUAGUAACUAGAAGUACUCAGUAGAGUUUGAGAUUAAGAUUAGUGUUGCUAGAUGGAAACAUUGAUAAGGUUGCCUUAUAUUUUCAGUACAUUUAUCCUCAACGGAAUUCUCGUAAGUGGUCCACAAAUGACAACAGUCAUGAAAAUACCAAAAUCGCAGGGUAGGAGAUAUAUUUUAUUCACAAAGACUCGACCUUCAUCGAGGCCAGUGAUAAUGCAAAUAUGCGUUUCCUUUUUUUACACCAAAAAUAAGAAGCUGGUCUUCUUACAAACUGCCAGUGUGGCAAUAUUCUCUACAACAGGUACAAAUUAUAAAUACUCAAACGUUCUUACCUAAGCACUGGUUUGUGGCAAUUUUAAACAUUUUAAAUCUUAUGUCGCACCGAGUUUUCAAUGUGGUUGCACAGCACUAUUUUCACCGUUUUUAAUAUUUUCACGUUUUAACAAGAACUUUGUCGAUCUUCAAGCCAUGGUGAGGUUUAUCUAGUAUCAUCUCAAUGUGUGCUCAAACUUAAAAACUCUUAAAUAAAAAUGUCUUGAAGAGUCCAUUCACAGUUUUGUGCACAAAAAUGAAACCAAAGAAAAGGUGGAAACAGAAAGAUCACUCAUCACGUCUCUCCUUUCUAUCUAAACUCUUCAAAUUAAUCGUGAUGCAGCAGAACUGAUAUGUAUAGGCUGCUCCUAAAUACUUCUUUCAAAUUGAAUGACGAUCUCAAAGAAAAUGCCUAAAGCUGAGUGUACACUGCACCAACUUUUAAAUUACUUUUUGUACUUUAUGUACCGCAAAUGCAAUAAUCUUUACAUAGGUUGGUGCAGCGCACACCAGACAUAGAGAAUACGCCGCCAAAUAUAACGGAGUACAUUGAAAAGACUAAUGUAAGAAAUCGGAUUUGUUAAAUUAUUUUAUAGUGUGGUAAUUAUGUUGCAUAUUAUUCAUAGAUUAAGCUUCAGCAAAAUUGUGUGUGACUGCUGCACUAUAAUCGAUGUUAAAUAUUUUUUAGGCCAGUAACUUAUUUUUUUAGUAUCUAUGACAUGUAUUCGAUUUUAGAAUUCGGAUGUUAUUAUGGAGAACGAUGAGGCCAUGUGUACGGGUUUUAUAUUUACCUGUAUCUAGCAAUACUGUAGGACUUGUGACGCGCGGCAUGUAUUUGCCUUUUUUGUGCAAAUAUUCUGUGUACGGCCGCGUCAACUACAGAUUAGGCCUAUGUUAGUGCGAGUGUGUUUGGUAAGAGGUAAUAGGAAGCCUGCAUUACUGAUACGAAUUAUAUUAUUGUAUGUAGAACGAUUGUACGUUUGUAACCUAGAUCUCGUCAUAUACCCAUAGCGUGUACAAUAACAACGGUGAAAAUUAAUAUCUAAACUGAAUUCUAAAUAAUCCAGUCCAAUGUAUAAAUAGGUGUAUAUAGACAAUAACAUAUUAGUUUAACUUUUUAAUAAUAAUAAACAUUAUUUUAUUUUUCUAUUUAUGUACAGUUUUUGGCUUUUGUAUUGUCAUUUCUGAAAGAUCAACAAAAUUCUUAAUAUUCCUGUUCGUAUUUUUAGGAGAUUAUUUUUUUGUUCUAUUAGUACAUACAUACAAUGCAAGAGUAAUGUAAAAUCAACGGGGCAAUGCAAGAAGUGGGGAGACAAGUUAAACAUUAUAUUAGUGUACAGUCGAUUAUAAUAGUUUCUACAAAUAUGUUUAUUCUGAGACAUUGAAUAAUAUUAUAUCUGAUUGUACGAAAUAAACUUGUAACCAUCAUUAUAAUGGACUGUACAUUUGUUUUUAUAUUUUUAGUAAACUAGAGUCACUAUUAUUUUUGUCCGCUUAAUUAUUGCACUAUAAUAUUUUAGGUCAACAUGUUUUACAAUUAAGGUCUUCAAUAGUAAUACUUUGCAAUAUUAUCUUAGAUUUUGUGUCCCUAUGUGUUGUAUUUAUUUGUCUGUAGUUUAUAACAGCAUAUUUUAUUGUAUAAAAAAUAUAUUUCGUUGUUAAUUUAGUGCAAUUACUUUCAAAAAAUAUAUAUCAACAUUGUAUACAAGUAAAGUCUACUGCAAAGUGGUAAAUGCCGGAGAAUGUUUUAUUGUAUCUUAAAUAUUUAAAUCACAUGACAUUUUUCGUAAAUUUUUCUGCAGUCAGUAAUCAAGUGUUGAACAAAGAUAGUAUUUUGUAGUAGUGUUUCCAUUAUAAUUGAAAACUUUUAAGUAUUUACUAAUAUAUGCAUAGACAAGGAUCAUUGUAAGGGAUAUUUUGUACUAGCCACGUAAAUAUGUUGUAUAACACAAUGUGAUUCUCUGUGAUAAAAUAAUUGAUAUUUAUUA